UUCAACUUCAAACCAAAAAUCUCCGUCUCUUCUAAGGAAAAUUUCUUCCUUCAAAAAAAAAUCUCGUUCUUCGAUUUUUCCACCACAAAAAUUUAAAAUCAGACUAAAAUUAGGGUUCUCAGAUAGAAACCAGAGAUACUCAGUUCAAAUCAAGAAUCACUGAAUUGAAAAAAUGGGUACUAAUAGUAUCAGAACAAAUGAUGAUGAUGAUGAUGAUGAAUAUGGUGAUGAUUCUUCAUCAAUUGCUUCCUCCAAUUUUAAACCUUCUUCUUCUUCCAUAUCUAGUACUGGAGCUAUUGUUUCUGUAGCUGUUAAAAGAAACAGCAAGAGUACCAAAAGAGCUGUUCGUUGGGCAAUCAAUAAUCUCAUGCUUCAUUGUUAUCAGUUUCUUCUUGUUUAUGUCAUGCCUUCCAUUACUUUCAUCCCAACUCCUUCGGGGAAACGUAUACCUAUUGUUGAAGUGGAUGCGAAUUUGGUUGAAACAUAUAGGAAGGAUAUGAAAUCAAAAUGUGAAGAAUUCUUUCUACCGUAUAAGACAAUGAGCAAACCAAGAAAGAUGGAUACAUUGGUUUUGGAGGAUGAUAAUCCUGCGUACGCGUUACUGAGACAUAUAUCUGAAUCAGGUUGCAACAUUUUGGUGUUGGGGUCUUCGUCAAACUAUUUUACAAGGAAACUCAAGAGUCAGGGUGUACCAUCAACACUUAUGCAAUUUGUUACAAAGACGUGCAAUAUCUAUGUUGUAUCAAGAAACAAACUCAUUACAAAGUUAGCGGAUAGUUCCUCAAUUGCUGAGACAAGUGCUAGAAAUAGUAUGCAGACAAUAACAGAAGGUACAGAAUGUUCCAGUACCAGUGGUGACCAAACGUAUGGUUUUCAUUCUCGUACAGUGUCGGAGGUUGAUAGUAUCUCUGAAGCCUCGUCAGAUAUGUCUAGUCAAGGAUGGCCAAAUGGGUACUCUUAUGCCAGUUCGAGUGUUGGAUUUCAUCAGGGAAGGAACCAUCAGAGGUUUCAGAAUUUUAGUAGUAAGGAACUAGAAUCUCCCAUGGCUGGAAAUUUUGAUUUCUUGGCUUCUUAUAAGGAUGCUAAUCAGAAUAAGCUUCAAGCUGAAUUAGAAGGACUUCAAUCAGAACUACGGACUACUCUUGACAUGUAUAGUCGAGCUUGUGAAGAUCUGAUUCAUGUGCAGAAGAAGGUCCAGGAACUGUCUUCUGAAUGUGCUCAAGAGGCGAGGGAACUGCGUGCUGCCAUGGAAAGAGAAGAAUUGUGGAGACAAACUGCUAUAGAGGAGAAUUCCAAGCAUUUGGAAACCGUGAAAGAACUUGAGACGGCAAAAGAACUACUUGCAAAGGAGGUUUAUGAGAGACAAAGAGCCGAAUUGAACAUCAUGACCAACUCCUCAGAAAGACAGGAGUUAAUUGAUGCUCUCCUUUUGGGGGACAAAAGAUAUAAACGGUAUAGUAGGGAUGAAAUUGAGGCUGCAACUGACUUUUUCUCGGAAGCCAAAAAGAUAGGUGAAGGAGGAUAUGGGAAAGUGUACAAAUGCAGCCUCGGCCAUACACCAGUAGCUAUCAAGGUUCUUCAACCUGAUGAAUCUAACAAGACCAAAAAAGAAGAGUUCUUGAUGGAGGUUGAAAUUCUUAGCCAACUACGCCAUCCUAACUUGGUUUUACUACUUGGAGCCUGUCCUGAUAUUGGUUGUCUUGUUUAUGAAUACAUGGAAAAUGGAAGUCUAGAUGAACGCCUGUUCUGCGAAGAAGGAACUCCACCUCUUCCUUGGUUUAUUCGGUUCCGAAUUGCUUAUGAAGUAGCUUGUGGUCUGUCAUUUCUUCACCAUUCAGUGCCAGAACCAAUUAUUCAUCGGGAUUUAAAACCAGGGAAUAUAUUGUUAGACAGAAACUAUAUGAGCAAAAUUGCAGAUGUUGGGCUGGCUAAAUUUGUAUCCGUUGUAGUUCCUGACAAUGUUACAGAGUAUAGAAACUCUAGUCUUGCAGGUACGCUGAGUUACAUGGAUCCUGAAUACUAUAGAACUGGUACACUCCGACCCAAAUCCGAUGUAUAUUCUUUGGGAGUGAUUGUAAUGCAGCUUUUGACUGGUCGACAUCCAAAUGGUUUGUUUGCGGCUGUUGAAAAUUCGAUUAAAAGUGGUUCCUUUCAUGAAGUUUUAGACAAGUCAAUUUCAGAUUGGCCACUUGCUGAGGCCGAGGAAUUAGCUUGCAUUGCGUUAAGAUGUUGCAAGCUUAGAUGCAGAGAUAGACCUGAUCUUGAAUCUUCAGUUUUGCCAGUGCUCGAAAAGCUUUCAAAUCUGGCCACCAUUCAGCUAAAGAAGGGCAAUAUCAAUACUCCAAAUUACUUCUUCUGCCCUAUUCUUCAGGAGAUAAUGGAAAAUCCAUAUAUUGCCGCUGAUGGUUUUACAUAUGAGCACACUGCCAUCAGAGCAUAUCUUGAGAAACAGAAGGCAUCUCCAGUGACAGGGCUUAUGCUUCAACACUCAAGGCUUAUCCCAAAUCGUACACUACGCUCUGCCAUACAAGAAUGGAGGUUACAUAAUUCAAGUUAUUGAACAACGGUCGAUGCAUGUAAAAGAUGGAAGAAAACUGUACAUUUUUUAAUCAAUUCUCCCACAGUCUAGGUAUACUGUAUAAGUUUUUUACUGUUCUCUGCUGCUCAUUACAACAAUAUACAUUUUGAUAGUUUGUGAUGUAUUAUAAACAUUAUGGAUGUAAACAUUGUAUAAAAUCUUCGGAAAAUUAAACGACCAAGGUGUUUUUCUUUCGAGA